AUGAGCAACACACUUAACCCUGAUCGUCCUCUUAUUGUUGGCUCCGAGAUUCCUCAAGCACCUUAUCCUAUUUCCGUUGCUGGUACAGUUGUUAAAGGAUUUGGUCGUGGUUCAAAGGAAUUAGGCAUUCCAACAGCAAUAAUAAUAACCGUACUAUUUACAGCUAAUAUGAACGAAGAAGCUUUGGAAGAAAUGUUCACCGAGUUUACUACGGGUGUUUAUUAUGGAUGGGCUCAAGUUGGAGAAGUUGAUAAAACAGUUUAUCCUAUGGUCAUGAGUUUAGGAUGGAACCCUUAUUAUAAUAACGAAAAGAGAUCGGCCGAGGUGCAUAUUCUUCACGAAUUCGAGUCAGACUUCUAUGAUGAAUCUAUUAGAAUCAUUGUUACAGGUUAUAUCCGUCCCGAACAAAACUAUCCUUCACUUGAUGCUCUUAUUUGUGACAUCAAGACUGAUAUUGAGGUGGCCAAGCACUCAUUAAAGCGUAAGGCCUAUGACGAUCUUCGUUCUGAUGAGCUUUUCACAAAGAAGCAAUAG